AAUCCUGGCGUGUGUUUUCUGUAUGUUGCAGCUGUUCUGACGGUGGAUCAUUCUGUGGUGGAUCUGGAGACCGUCGAAGCUUUAUAUGAGAACAGAGCGCAGCCUGAGGAACUGGAGAAGAUCAGGAAACAUUACGAGACGUCUAAAGAAGACGAGGUGAAGCUCCUGGAUAAACCGGAACAAUUCCUGUACGAACUCUCCCAGAUUCCCGACUUCGCUCGCCGCGCGCACUGCAUCAUAUUCCAGUCUGUGUUCGUGGACUCCAUAUCGUGCGUCCAUCGGAAAGUGGAGAUCAUCUCUGCUGUGAGCAAGGCUUUUCUUGAGAAUGACAGCGUGAAGGACGUGAUCGGCCUCAUCUUGGCCUUCGGAAACUACAUGAACGGUGGAAACCGGACCAGAGGACAGGCAGACGGGUUCGGACUGGAGAUUCUGCCUAAACUAAAAGAUGUCAAGAGCAGGGACAAUCGGAUAAGUCUGGUGGAUUAUGUGGUGUCGUACUACCUGCGAAACAUGGACGAG